GUCCCACUCCCAUCUCUCACCCCUUUUCCAGCUCACUCUCUCCCGUCCCUUCCAGUUCAACCCAUGGUGAAAGUUUCCCCCUCAGAUUGGGGUUCCAGCCCCACCUGCUGGUUUGCUCCAUAAUGAGGUUUUACCCCCGAGGGGGGGAGAUGGUGUCCACGGAGCUGCUCCAGAACGGAGACUGGACCUUCCAGAUCCUGGUGAUGCUGGAGAUGAGCCCACGGCGCGGGGACGUCUACACCUGCCAGGUGGAGCACAUCAGCCUGAGGGACCCUCUCACUGUGCACUGGGCCUCUCCUCAUCUCCCCCCAGCAUCUCUCACCCUCCGGGUGCUUAAAACCACCGUCUUCCACAACGCCAGCUCCACGGACAUGCAGGGGAUGGCCCUGCUGGGCGACCUGGAGACCCACUCCAUGGACUGCAGCACCUGCGAGAUCCACUUCCUGCAGCCCUGGGCCCAUCAGGGCCUGACCCCGAAGCAGUGGCAGGACUUGGAGCUGCUGAUCCAUCGCUACCUGUCUGACUUCUUCCGUCUGGUGAACAAAGUGGUUAAGGAUGAAGGAGAGGGCUACCCCUUUGUUACCCAGGUCUCCUUCAGCUGCAAGCUCCACCCCAACGGCACCUUGAGACGAUUCUGUGACGCUGCGGUAAACGGCGAGGACUUCAUCAGCUUCGACGUGGACACAGGCAAAUGGGUCGCUCGGCACAGGGAUGAGCUGGGAAGCUACGUCCAGGAUCUUGUCAACCGGGAUACGAGCAUUUCCACCCUGUUUCCGUUCCUCCAGAGAACAAUGUGUGUCUAUGGGAUCGAUACCUUUGCCCAGUACGGGAGAGAGUCUCUGGAGAGGCAAGAGCGGCCGGUCGCCGUGGUGUUUGCCCGAGCGCCUCCCCCAGCCGGGACCCCCGCGCCGGUACUGCUGGUUUGCCGGGUCACCGGUUUCUACCCCCGGCCCGUCCGCGUGGCCUGGCUGCAGGACGGGGAGGAGGUGGGGCCGGGCGGGCGGCUGAACUCCAGCGGGAUCCUGCCCAACGCGGACCUGACCUACCAGCUGCGCAGCUCCCUGGCCGUGGGGCCGGGCGCCGGGCACAGCUACGCCUGCCGGGUGCAGCACAGCAGCCUGGGGGGCCGGAGCCUGCUGAUCCCCUGGGAGCACAGCAGGUCCUGGGGCCCCGGCCUGGCCGUGGGCAUCACCGUGGGGGUUGUGGCCGUAGCCGCCGUGGCCGUGGUGCUGUGGCGGAGCAGACGCAGGGGCUACCAGGACAUUAGACCAGGGGAGUCCAGGCCCUGA